CUCACAUGUCCACAAUACUAUGUGCCGGCAGUGAGGGGACUAAAGUUGAAAUGCCCCGGGGGUGGCUGAUGUGAAAACUCCCAGCCGCCUGUGCAGCUUGGACAGAAAGGGGAAAGCAGGGCCUCUCUCCGAAGCCUGGCAGCUUGUGGGAUCAUCCUAAUAUGCCUGAAGUGCGGGACCUCUCCGACGCACUGACGGAUUUGUCAAUGGAUCCCAUCACUGGCGUUGGGGUAGUAGCGUCGCGGAAUCGAGCACCCACAGGGUAUGAUGUGAUCUCUCAAACAACAGAUGGUUUGGAUGCCGACCUGUGGAAAGAUGGCCUGUUUAAGUCGAAAGUGACAAGAUACCUUUGCUUCACCAGGGUCUUCUCCCGAGAGAAUGUGAGUUCCGUUCAGGGAUAUGAAGGAAGGAUGAGCAAUACAUCUGUUCACCUCUGGGCACAGACAUUUUUGUUUAGACUAGAACAAAAGAAAGUGAGCUCCUAGGAAUUAUAUAGUAUAGUUGAUAAAAGGGCAACAUUAUGAAAUUUGGUAUUUAGAGCUACUACAGAAAGGCUCAAAAAGCCAUUAUUGAAACAUCCUCAAUUCAUGUUCAGUAAGACAAAUUGCUUCUGAACAUUGCCAAAUCUAUCAGUCUAGGUGAUUGUAGAGCAAAUUUGUAUGAAGAAAUUAACAGUAAAACUGAAACUAUAAAAAGACAAGCAAGGGGAAGCAAUUUAUUUUUCCUUUUUUAAAAGGCAAGAUGAAAGUCAAUGGGUUUUUUUCUUCUCCAAAUACAUUUCUCCAAGUAAAUGGGCGUCUUUUCUUGGUGAAUUUUUUAUCACAAGUUUCCACUUCAGGUUUAUGCAAAAAAUAUGUCAAUGCCAAAAUGCAGAAUUGCAUUACGGAUCCAUGCCUGUUGAAAAAUUGCGCUCAUCACUAUUUGUCAGUUUUAUUUCCCCAAAACAUUGAAUGUCGGGACAAACCCAGCCUGUGACUUAAUAAUAAAAUCUAAGCUAAUGGCUUAA